UGUGAGUUGAAGAAAGUAUGUUCACCAAAGACAACUAGUUAUUACCCUUUUACUGGUUGCUUUCAAUCUUUUCGCAUGUUGGCGAUGGCUAUUAAUUUUUGUGGGCUGAGCAUACGACUGCAUGGGCAAGAAGUGAUGAUCACUAUCGACAGUUCGAAAGUUUUUUCAACCAAGCAAACUUUUAUUGAAAAUCCAAAAAUAUUACGGGGUGUGGAGCCUGAUAUCCCUUGAUGACAAGUAUUACCUAAUUUUUGUGAAAAAGAGUGUCUUUAAAGUGACACUGGUUUUCCCGAUGAACACAUUGCUUAUCCUCGAGCAGACGACGGAAUAGUGCUUAACAGUGUGUAAGAAGCGCAGUCAAAUGCUGCAACAAUGGUCUUUGUGCUUAAAAAGUCAAUCUUGUUUGUAAACAACCCCAAUGAGUAGAUAUGUAAACGAGCAGUUCUAUUAGAAUCAACCAUCAUAUUUACCUUACUGAAUUGUUUCGACUUAAUUAUUCAAGGAAAAAUUUCAUUUUAGCAUGAAUUAAAUUAAUUCAAAUAAUUGUGUUCAUAUAGUAAACCGAAAAAUGUAGAAGAGGUUUUCGUAUAGUUCAUUACCGCUCGUUUGUUGUACCAAGCUUUUUUAUGACGCUUAAUUUAAGUGGAAACAAUUUGCCUCAUUCAAUACGUGCUGCUUCUAUCGGAACGCUUCGAUUUCGAUCGUAAGUUCAUUUUAAUAUGGUCACUGGGUAGGCGCUGCAAAAAGUUUUGCCCAUUGUUUCCUCAUGUAUUGAUUCCAAGUUUCGUCUAUAGGUUUCCCUCCAUUUCUUACACAAGAAUUGGGGUUACUUCUUAAAGUCACCUUCUCUACCGACUGUUCAACGUCAUACCAUGCAUUCGAUGAUGUGGCACAUCGAUUUAAAUACUUUCGUUCACAUGGCUUACGGGUUCACACUUUGCUCUGCUUACUUCAGUAUGUGUAGCCGGAUAGUAUCCACAGCACUCUUACGAUGAGUGUAGCCCUUAGCCCGGCACAUCUAAGAUCUAUUCCAGAUAUUGCGAAGGUCGACCAUUGGUACAUGGCUGCCCUAUUUUCAUUUUUUUGCGCGCUUUUCACCUUCUAUUUCUGCAUUAAUAACCGAAAGCCAGAAAAAUAUUUCUCGGAAUUGUCGUCUAAAACAGCUUAUCGAUUUUGUGGGUUGAAACCUUAUGGCGAGGAAAUUCCUAACAAGUUAAAACAAUGCUCUUUGGUUCACGUCAAUGCAUUAUUCAGACAUGGAACUAGAACUCCAAAUGCAAAGUCAAUCGUAGGAUUUGCAGAUGUUUACAACCGCCUGAAGAGAAGCUAUGAAAAUGGAUCCCCGAUUCCUCGUGAAUUUAUAGAGCAUCCAAUACCAUUUGAAGGUUCCGCAGUGAAAGAAUUAUUACCCACUGGGUAUGAAGAGCAUGAUGGCUUGGGAAGACGAUUUCGCGAUCGUAUGAUAAAGUACUUCAACUUAACAGAUGAAAAUGUUCGUUUUUAUUCGAGUUCAAUAGAUCGUUCUAUUGCUAGUGGACGAGCCUUUUAUAACGGACUUAUAGACGGACCACCAGUUAAGCCAAUAUGGAAUCGUAAAUUAUAUUGUGGAGAUGCUGAAGUGCCAGACAGUUGUAUACUCGAUGAACCAACCGACGACAAUACUAUACAUCAUAAAAAUAUUAAAAUUAAUGAUGAUUUGUUAAGAUUUUUUGCAAAAUGUAAAAGUUACAUUGAAAAAAUUGAGAAAAAUAAAACAGCUUCUGUGGAGUAUUAUCAAUUUUUGAAAUCCGAAUAUGUAAAUACCUCUUAUGAAAACUUUUUACAAAGAUAUAAUCUCAACAGAGAGGAUUACACAUCAGAUGAUGUCAGAACAAUAUUCUUAGCAUGUUCAUAUGAAAUCGCUGCAAUGAGUGAUUUCGGCGAUAGUAUCUCUCCAUGGUGUAAACUGCUAACACCGUCUGAUAUUCCAGUUUGGGAGUAUUCUGCAGAUUUAAAGCAUUAUUGGCUUAAGUCGUAUGGUUAUGAGUUGAAUUAUAUACAAUCGUGUCCAUUACUCGGUGAAAUGUUAACACAGAUUACACAGGCUGUUAAGCAAUUCGCAUCUGGAGGUUUUGACCAAUCUGACGUGUCAGUACAUCGUGGAAGUUUUUGGUUUGGACAUGCAGAGACUGUACUACCCGUCGUUGCUGCCUUGGGCAUAUUUAACGAAUCUGUAGGUCAUUCUACAGUGCACAGAUUAACAGCGGAUAAUUUCGAUGAGAGAUUAAGCAUGCUUCAACAGGAUCCACCACCGCCAACAAUGUUUCGUACAGGUUAUAUAACACCAUUCGCUGGUAAUAUAGCCUUUAUGGUGUAUUAUUGUCCUGACUCGGAAGAAAGUACUAAUGAAUGGGAUAAAUUCCGUGUUGAAGUACUAGUCAAUGAGAAGACAGUCGCUUGGCCGUUAGCUAGUCGAGUACAACCGCCAACUCUGGAAGCACCAGGUGAUACAAAUGCUCCAUUAUCAACUGUACUUAAACACUUCACUGGUUGUAUGCCUGAUGUAUAUGAUCAUGACGCAGUAUGCUCACUUAAAAAAAACCCAUAGAUUAUUUAUAGUGUGUAUAAUAUUUUUCUUGUCACCCUCCUUCUCCCCCACCUUUUUUCUCAAUUGUUCAAUGAUGGCUAAUCAUGGAAUGAAUUCAUUAGAAACGAAAGCAGCUGACGAAUUAUGUAUUCUCUCCUUUUAGCUGCCGCUCAGCUCCU